CAGAAACUGGGACGCGUUCCGCUUUCUCAUUUCACAUUCGAUGCGAAGAGCGAGCGCGACAGCGCGAAACCGCUUGUCAAAUGUCAAGUACAGUUUUGUUACGAGCAAAGCCGACCAUAUCAGAAUCGUAGUGGGAUAAUCGUGCAAUUAAUUAUAUAACGUUAUUUUUUUUCGUGAACUUGCAUUUUUUUCAAGUAGAAUUUAUUCCGGCAAACGGCGUAGUGAAAAGUGUAAUAUUUCAUCGCACAUACUUAUAUCCGCUUUAGAUUAACCUGAUUCUAAUCGAAAUCAUGCACUAAUCAUUCAUUAUGCACUUGUUAAAUGUUCUAUUGAUAUAAUUUCACAUUUGUUAUCACACAUAGAUCUUAGCCUGUUGUGGCAGCAUGUUUGAAAAUUCAAUCUGUCAGUCAACAGGCGAUCAGUAGUUAAGAUGCACAGUGGUACAGCUGUUUGUUCUGUUAAAUUAUUUUAGAGUUAAUUAAUCACAGAAAUCAACACACAAAGAGAGGAGAGAGAGAGAGAAAGAGAAUCUUACAUCAAUCAAUGCUAUACGCUUCGCCAGGAUCGCUCAGAUGUCAACGCUCAACGAUGACUUUGACAGACCGUUCGAAGAACUUGAACCGUUGCAAUGGAGUGCUUUGCGAAAAUUGUGUCGUACCAGUGUGGAAUAUUUUACGCCCUAUAACAACGAGAACAGUGUCAGGAUCAAGGCCGCGUUACUGGUCAUCUUGGAACAGUUGGACGAAUUCCAGCCACUGUACAAUGAGAUAACUAAGUACGCGUCGCACUUCGAUUUUGAUGAGGAGACUCCGGGAAAUGGAUACAGAAGUUUCCUGUCGAUGGUUGACAAAUGUAUUAUACAUUCCGAACAAGUCUGUCGACAGAUGUAUGAGCAAAAAGAUUCCAUGUUCUCUCGAAAGAACCAUCAUAUGAAGGAAAUAGAAGCAUGCUCCCAGCUAUUGGUAUCAUUACAAACAUUUUUUCAAUAUUUAAAAAUAUUAUACGCAUCCAGUACAGAAGUAAUGAGCGAUGGAAAACUGUCACUAUUCACAAUGAAUCCUGACACUCAAGAAAUUCUCCACUGGACAGAAAAUUUUAAUCAAUAUUGUUUCUAUGGUAGAUGCAUAGGAUUUCAGUUCUGUAAUAGUUUAAAAAAGGUAUUAAAGACAGUAGCAUUUGCUAUGGUAUCUUAUAGCGAGAUAUAUUAUAAUAAUGAUACGCUACUAGGACGAUGCGCUAAUUCCGUCAAAUAUUUCUUUGAUCCUGAAGCGAGAGCACGUCGUAUUGUUAACAUAUCUCGAUACGCUGAUAUUUCUUUUACCCAAGCAUUUUGGUUCUUGAAUGAACUUGAAAUACUUUCUGUAGUAAGCCCCUCGUUAGUCAUCAAUCAACUGAUAUCUAUUCCACCUGAGGAAUUAAUUCUGCCUACUCUGGAUGGUGGAACUAUUUCAGUUCCGAUACCAAAUAGCCAUAUUGGGAAAAAACCAAUCCAUGUUAGAUUACUGAGUUCCAAACGACGUCUAGGAAUGGUCGGAUCUGGGGGUAUAGGGGGAGAAUUACAUGGUUUAUGCGACAGACUGAUUAUUCAUUCUCAUGGUGGCGGAUUCGUGGCACAAACGUCGCGAUCACACGAAAUGUAUCUACAUAAUUGGGCUACGACGCUCGGAGUACCAAUCUUAAGCAUAGAUUAUAGUUUAGCUCCAGAAGCUCCCUAUCCACGUGCGCUUGAAGAAGUGCUGUAUACUUAUGCAUGGGCAUUAAAGCAUGCAAGCACAUUGCUCGGGAGUACAGCGGAAAAAGUGAUAUUUGUUGGUGAUUCAGCGGGAGGUAACUUAAACUUGGGGGCCACUUUAAAAUGUCUGCAAUUAAAUAUAAAAAGACCAGAUGGUAUUUUUAUGGCUUACACACCAAUAUUCAUCGAUUUCAUUCCAUCGCCAUCUCGCUUGCUCAGUCUUACGGAUACGUUAUUACCAUUUGGAUUUCUGGUACGAUGCAUGAAGUCUUAUGUAGGAGCUGAUAACAAGAAACCUACAAAAGAACAUGAGAAUGAAGAAUGCGCCAAAUCAGAUACAGAAUCUUUUGCUGAAGUAAGCGAAAGUGAUCUUAUAGCAUUAGCCCUGAGUCCAAACGGAGACGGCGCGAACGGCGCGCAAAAAUUAGUGUCUCUACCAUCCGAUUCGACGUUAAAUUCUGUCAGCUUAACAGAAGUCGAUGGUAUUGAAGGUCCGAAAGUGCAGGUGGAGUCCCGAGAAUAUGUCAGCAGAUUUUUAAAUAUGUACAGAAAUUCCGGAACAGCUUCAAUAUCAUCGCCUGUUGCGGAAAAUGGCAGUGUCAGCAGAAAUGGUAACGUUUCAGGACAAAGUGACAAAUCGUGGUCUCUGUUCGGAUGGUCCGUCAGAAGAAAUAAUAAGGACGUCAGGCAACUCGAUAUGAAGAAUGAUUCUUGGGAGGAAUUUACAUUUACGGUACCGAAGGAUAUGUUCAUAAGUCCUUAUCUUGUAUCAGAUGAUAUGCUAGCCCAUAUACCGCCUUUGAAGAUACUGACGGUAGAGUUUGAUCCUUUUCUCGAUGAUUCCGUCAUGUUUGCGAGGAAGCUUCGCUCGCUUGGCAACAAUGUUGCGCUGGAUAUAUUGCCGGAUUUGCCACACGGAUUUUUAAAUUUCCUACAUGUUUCAAAAGAAGCGAUGGAGGGCGUAGAAUUCUCGGCCAAAAGAAUAAAAGAAUUGCUGGAAUUAUAACCAUAAUAUAAAAAAUUAUCACUAUUAAGAUAUAUUGAUCUAGAGUAAACGGAAAACGUACUUCAAUAUUGCAGCAACCUGCAUUUAUACAGCAAAUGUAAUUGUGUCUAGAUGCAAUCAAGUAUUCGCGAUAUUGUUUCAGCGGCUUAACUAUCCUAUAAUAUAUCACGACACAGAUAUAUAAUGGAUAAUACUUUUCCCUAGCAAUUUUCUAUAUGUAGUAGUUAUUUUAAUUAUUAUUAUGUAUUAUUGUAUAUUGUGUCACAUUGUGAAAGCAGCAUUACCUAAAAUAAUUAGAAAAGAAAGUGUUUUACAUCUAAUGUUUGAUCAGAUCUUAAAAAAGAAAAGAAAACGUCCUGCAUAUAUAAAGACAGUUUUACAACUAUUUAAUAUUAUAUAUACAUUUUAAUUUUUUUAUAUAUAAAGCUGCAUACUUUUAUAAGUACAUUUUUAUAUGAAAAUAUGUUACGUUAUGAAAUAUGUUACAUUGUAAUACAAGUGACAUAUAGUAUCAAUCUAGGUAAGAUAUUACAUAGUAAUAGUAGUUAUUAUGUAAUAUUUUAUAUUAGAUUGUAAAUGUUGUUUAUUAUUGUUAGAUCGUAAAGUUGUGUAAAAUCUUCUUUGCAUGUUUUUUAUAUGCAUCUUAUUCAUUUCUCAUAAUGAUUCUUAAUCUGAUUCUUAAAUUAGAUACAAAAGAUGCAAUAUUUCUUAUUUUUUUGUACAAAUAUUUUCACAAUAUGCAUACAAUUAUUUUAAUGUCAUAAUCUUCUAAGAAAAAAAAUAUGUACAAAUUUUUAAAUAUGUCUAAAUAGAAAAGAGUCGAUGGACAAUAAAGAUAUACAUAUAUAAAAA